GCUCACACCCCUCCUGCUGAGACGUGCUGCCAGCAGAACCAGCAGCAGUGCCCCUCCCCCAGGUGCCCUCCCAAGAGCCCAGCACAGUGCUUGCCUCCAGCCCCCUCUGGCUGUGCCCCCAGCUCCGGGGGCGGCUGCUGCCUGAGCCACCACAGGCACCGCAGGUCCCACCGAUGCCGGUGCCAGAGCUCCGAGUCCUGUGGCGGUGGCAGUGGUCAGCAGUCUGGGGACUCCGGCUGUGGCCAGCAAGGCUCUGGGGGCUGCUGUUGA